AGUGGCCCGAAGGCGGGGCCCCGGCGCGCGGCGCUCCCGCUCUUCUUCCCGCUGCUCUCCUUCGCGAUCCCAGCCGAGGUCGCCGCCCGCAUUCAAUGGAACUGCUGCUUUGCUCUGUGAUGAAGGACAGGCGGAAGGGAGAGAAGGUGGAGCCAAGGAUAUGUGCAAAAACAAACCAUGUGAGAAGGAAUCUUUUUGGUCCUGUGGACCACAGUAAUCUGCAGCAGGACAUCCAGCGCAUCUUGUGCACUAGCAUGGAAAAGGCAAAGCGGAGGUGGAACUUUGACUUCUGGCAAGAGGUUCCGACUGAAGGCCUCCUGCAGUGGGAAGAGUUGCAGAGCCACGAGGUCCCCCUCUUUUACCAUACUUGCGUGGUAAGAGAGGCUCCCAGACCCUUGCAGCCCAUGAACCGAGCUGCAGCCAAGGAACCCAAAGCUCACCACAAUGGCAAAGUGAUGGAGAAACCCCCAAAGAUGGCAGGGAAGAAGAGUCGGCCUGGGAGGAAGCGGAGGCAGACGUCACUGACCGAAACAGCAAUGGGGAGGUCUGGGUUGCGGCGAGUUCUCCGACGCUCUGCUGGACCCCUGGAGUCCCCACUUGUCUGUGGGGAUUUUUCGGGGGGUGCCUAAGGAUUACUGAAGUAUUGAAUAUUAUUACCAAGCAAAGAAGCAGAUCAGAACGGAUAUGCAAACUCCUGUAAAGAAACCGGCCUUCUAGAAUGGAACUUUGUCACUGGUUUGCUGGUUUUGUUGGCUGGUUGAUUUUUUAAAGGAGCUUCCAAAAUUAUGCAACAUCUUGAAAUGGUGCAUUUAAAUAAUGAACACUUGGGCACUUCACACAGAGGCACAGAUUUUUGAAAUAAAAAAUGUGAACUUUCAGAACAUCAGAAUGCAGUUAGGCCGAUUACGUUGUAUACCCUCUUCUUGCAUACUGCUUUAAAAAAUAAGAGGAAGAGGAGGAAGCAGAUAACCAAGCAAGAAACAGACUAAUUGUAGCAGUAGUAGCACCUCAAAGGAUGUUGCUUAUCAGGAAUUGGUCAGCAUAAGAGUAAAUAUAAAAAAAUACUGUGUAUGAACAAUUUGUGAGUGCCAUUAUAUGGUCUUGCAUACUCUGUGUUGUCGGUUUUUUACUUAUUUAAUUACUAUAUAGACUUGCAUGUCAGUGUGAUCAUCAAUAUUUUUCCAGCUAACUGAAUCCCCCCCCCAGCUUUUAACAUUUUAAGUAAGCAUAACAAAUCCUUAAUUUGGCUUGUAUAAAUGUUUGCCACUGUUUUGCACAUAAAAGUUAUUUAUGCAGAUAUACACAGAUCUCCUGCCAGCAGUUGUCCUUGGUAUCUGUGUCCAAACAGAGUCCAUUAAUAUUGAAAUCCUGGAAUAGCAGUUCCAUCUGAACUAUACAGUCAGCAGAAUCAUGUGGUUCAUCUCUUGCUGGACACCCACUGUUACAGAUUGCAUGCCAUAUGUGCAACUCACUGCUUAGAGAAAAUUAGCAUGCCAGGGAGAAGGGUUCUAACUUAACAUUCUUUUUGCCAUCCUACAUUUUCUACAUCUUACAUUAGAACAUUCCUACAUGAUAUUUUACCUGUAGGUUGCCAUUGGACUGUGUGAUUAGUUGAAUGUGUAGUUCUGCUUUAGGUUUACAGUACUGACCUUACCCAUGUCCAGCCUUCAUCUUAUUCACUCCUUCUAGAGGCUCAACAGAAAAAGAUUUUUUGUCUCCAAGUAUGUUAUGCUAAUGUGUCUUAAUUCUCUAGGGAUACUAGGCUUGCCACUGGUGUGCACUUGAAGAGGAUUCCUGUACAUUUAAUAGAUGUUUACUGGUUUGCUAAACAUACUUUCCCCAUGACUGUAUUGAGAGUUGCUGUACCUCCAUACACCUCUCUCCUAUGCAGCUAUAAAAGGCACAUGUAGGAUAGGAUAGAUGGAGCACAUUAGGAGCAGUUGAGUUUCAUAGUCUUAUUUAGUUACCUGUCUUACAGCCCAGAAUUUCUUCUCAUUUCAAAAUGAUUCGGGCACUGUUUGUCUUAAUUAAUUGUCCUCUUAUAUUUUCUUACUUCUUACUUCGCAGCUUCCAUUGCAUCCGCUAGCUCUCGCCCAGCACAACUUUUUAGAAUAAUUAGGUCGAUAAGGUCCUUAGGAGGACAACCAAAUUUAAGCACAAAUUUGACCCACAGCUGUGAGGCAUUUGGGAGCUUUUUUGCGGAGAAAGUCCUGUUGCUCCGCCGUGACCUCCCUGCCAAUUUAGAUACAGUGACUGAACUAGAGGCCCCUCGACUGUCUUUGGGUCCAGUGUUGGACCAUUUCGAUCAGAUACUCCCUGCUGAUGUGGAUAGAUUCCUCCAAGCUGGUAGGCCCACCAUCUGCCUCCUCGAUCCGUGCCCGUCUUGGCUGAUUAGGGCGUGUCCAUAUUUCACACGGACCCCCCUGGUUGAAAUUAUCAUUUGUCCCUUGGCAGGGGGACAUUCCCAGGGGAACUGAAGGAAGCAGUGGUGUGUCCGCUCUUAAAGAAAACUUUACUAGAUCCUUUGUUGUUGUUUAGUCGUUUAGUUGUGUCCGACUCUUCGUGACCCCAUGGACCAGAGCACAAGAUGCUCCUGAACUGUGUGUGUUUAUGUAACUUUGUGUGGUGGUAUGUGCAUUGUUUGUCCUAACACUCUUUGGAUUAUUAUUCAAAAAUAAAUAAAAGUUGUAACUAUU